ACCCCGAGACAAAGCUGCCUCCAAACGAGAGCGGCAGUCAUCAAUUCUUCAUCUGCACGGGCCAAAGUUGCAGUGCACCCGACUUGGCCUGGCCUGGCCCGAUCCGAUACGAUCCGAUUCGAUUCGACUCUUUCCUUGCUGCUAGAUCUAUUUUUUUUUUUUGUUAUUUUGCUUUUUUUUUGCUAUAAAUAUAGUUUUGUUUUUGUUGGUUUGUGUCGCUUUGUCGCCAAACUGGUGCGUGGCUGCGGCGCAUGCGUGCGAGCUUUUUGUGCGAGUAUUGGCCAACUGACCGAACGUAUAUAAGCGAUUAUAGGGCCGGGCUGGCCAACAGUCCAGUCCAGUCGGCCGCGCUGCCUUGCUCUACAUCCCCGAAUCGUUCCGAGCGUACCGAGCGUUCCGUUGCGUAUCAGUCCGUUUCGUGUCGCGGGUCUACAACGAAUCCGUGGCGUGUGUUCUCCAUUCCCAUAGAGUCUUGCCCCCCUCGUGUGUGUUUGUGACAAAAGGAUAACUGAAAGGAUUGCAAGCUUGUGAUUUCUUUUUUGAAAAGUGCAAAUGUUGUGUCAUUGACAGAAAGGAUCCAUAAAGUUUCUUCUUCGAUAGUCCAGAGCCAACGAAAUUCGUUAGUGGAAAUAUGAAGUUCCAUCUGAUAGCGCUGCUGGGCUUACUCGGCUUCGUGCUGGCCGAGCCCUCAGCCCUGCCCUCCCCCACACUGGCAGCUCCGCUGCCGCCCUGCGUGCAUGCUGGCACCUCCGGCUAUGCCUAUCCACCGCCAGCCGAGGUGAAGUUCUCCAUAUCGCCGGGCGUGACCAAGUACAGCCAGUCGCCGGCGAUUUCCACGUACUCCGAGAACGGAAAGUUCCUGCACACAUCCGUAGGCAGCUCGGGGUCCUCCUACGAGUCCAGCGCGGGACUUGUGGGCCUGUCGCAUGGCGGCCUCACCCAGAUUGACAAGUACAUAGCUCCGGUGCAGAAAACGCUGUUCUCGCCAGCGGCGCAGUACGGAGGAGCAGGUAUCACCUAUGCGGAAAAGUCACCGGCGGCCCAGUUUGCGACUGUGGUGCCGUCGGGCAUCGAGAUCAAGAAUCUGGUGUCUCCGGCACUGACCAAGACACUGCUGACGGCACCCAGGCUGGACAAUGGCUACCUGCCGCCAUCGCCGGGCCUGACCAAGGUCGCCACGUACACCUCGCCCGGAUACAGCUACAGCUCGGCGACGCCCGGCAUCUCGAAGGUGGCCACCUACUCGUCCCCCGCUCCGGGCCCGUCCAGUGUGCCCUACUAUGCACCGCAGGUGACCACCAAGGUGGAGUCGUACAGCUCGCCCGGAUACACCUACUCGAAGGCCAGUCCGGGCUACUCCAAAGUGGAGACCUACAGCUCGCCCGGCUACAGCUACGGCCAGCUCUCUCCGGGCCUCUCCAAGAUUGCCACCUACUCGCCCUCCGUCUCGUACGCGGCCCCGGCAGUAGCCAAGGUCUCUGCCUACGUCGCUCCGGCUGUUAAGCUGGCCACCACCUCAUCCCUGCUGUCAUCGCACGGCACGGGCUACUCCGCCAGCUAUGCGCCAGCCCUCACCAAGUACAGCCAGGCGGCGGAUGUUUCCCACCAGUUCAUCUCCAAGCCCAUCAUUGCCGCCUAUCCCGCGGCGGCGCCAGCCAUUGCCACCUAUUCCUCCUCCGCUCCGGCAGUCACAAAGAUCGUCGGUAGCUACGGAGGAUCUGCAUCCGGUGCUGUUUCGCAUCAGUACGUGUCGAAGCCAGCGGUGGCCACCUACUCCGCAGCUCCUGCCAUCGCCAAGGUUGCCACGUACGCUGCCCCAGCAUUAUCCACGUACUCCUCGGGCCCCGCCAUCACCAAGCUCUCGACCAGCUACGGAGCAAGUGGUUCGGGUGCCAUUUCCCAUCAAUACGCGGCUGCGCCAGCCUACGCCUCUCCCUCCAUUUCCACGUACUCUGCGGCUCCCAGUCUCUCCAAGGUAGCGACCAGCUAUGGAGGCACUGGCCACGGAGCCAUCUCCCACCAGUAUGUGUCCAAGCCAGCGGUGGCCACCUACUCCGCGGGUCCUGCCAUCGCUAAGGUAGCCUCCUAUGCUGCUCCAGCGUACUCUGUGGCACCUGCCCUUUCCAAGGUGGCCUACGCUGCUCCGGCUGUUACCAGCUAUUCCUCAGGUCCGGUCGUGACCAAAGUGUCGACUGGCUAUGGAGGACACGGUGCAAGCUACGGAGCAAGCGGCUCGGGUGCCGUCUCCCAUCAGUAUGUGUCCAAGCCGGCGGUGGCCACCUACUCCGCGGGCCCUGCCAUUGCCAAGGUAGCGUCCUACGCUGCUCCUGCCAUUGCCACCUAUUCGGCGGCUCCUGCCGUCUCGAAGGUGGCCACAUAUGCUGCUCCCUCCAUUGCAACCUAUUCCUCCGGGCCCGCCCUCUCCAAAGUGGCAACCUACAGCCAGGCGGCGGACGUUUCCCACCAGUACAUCUCGAAACCCAUUGUCGCUGCCUAUCCGGCAGCAGCCCCGGCCAUUGCCACCUAUUCCGUCUCUGCUCCGGCAGUCACAAAGAUCGUCGGCAGCUAUGGAGGAUCUGCAUCGGGUGCUGUGUCGCAUCAGUACGUGUCGAAGCCAGCGGUGGCCACCUACUCCGCAGCUCCUGCCAUUGCAAAGGUAGCCUCCUACGCUGCUCCGGCACUCUCCACGUACUCCUCGGGCCCCGCCAUCACCAAGCUAUCGUCGACCAGCUAUGGAGGCAGCGGAUCGGGCGCCGUCUCCCAUCAGUACGUGUCCAAGCCAGCGGUGGCCACCUACUCCGCGGGUCCUGCCAUUGCCAAGGUAGCCUCCUAUGCUGCUCCAGCGUACUCUGUGGCUCCUGCCCUUUCCAAGGUGGCCUACGCUGUUCCGGCUGUUACCAGCUAUUCCUCGGGUCCGGUCGUGACCAAAGUGUCGACUGGCUAUGGAGGACACGGUGCAAGCUAUGGCGCAAGCGGCUCGGGUGCGAUUUCCCAUCAGUAUGUGUCCAAGCCCGCGGUGGCCACAUACUCCUCUGGUGCUGCCAUUGCCAAGGUAGCGUCCUACGCAGCUCCAACCCUUUCCACAUACUCCUCGGCUCCCGGCCUCACAAAGAUUUCCACCAGCUACGGCAGCAGUGGCCACGGAGCCAGCUAUGCUCCAGCCCUGUCCAAGACUUAUCUUCCGGCUGCUCCGGCCAUCGCUGUGCCAGCCCUGACCAAGACGUAUCUGCCUGCUGCUUCAGUUGCUGCGGUUUCCAGCUAUUCCUCAGGUCACGGCGGAAGCUAUGGAGGCAGCGGCUCGGGUGCCGUCUCCCAUCAGUACGUGUCCAAGCCCGCACUGGCAGCCAUCUCAGCAGGUCCUGCCCUAGCAAAGGUUGCAGCCUAUGCAGCCCCGGCCAUAGCCACUUACUCGCCAGCUCCUGUCCUAACGAAAGUGGCCACUGGCUAUGGCGGUGGUCAUGGAGGCAGCGGCUAUGGAGGCGGCGCCGUCUCCCAUCAGUACGUGUCAAAGCCUGCGCUUGUGGCUGCUCCUGCCCUGGCCAAGGUGGCCAGCUAUGCCGCGCCAGCUGUGAGCCACAUCUCCACGGGCCCGGCACUGGUCAAGGUUGGCUCUCCCCAUGGCCUGGGCUUGGGUAUUGGCUACUCUGCCAGCGGACAUGGCGCAGUGUCCACUCGGUAUGUGUCCAAGCCCGCAGGCGCUGCUCUUCUGGGUGCUCCCUUGACCAAGUUAACCUCUGGCCCGGCCUACGCUCUCGGUGGAAAGCUGGCCAGCAGCACAGCCUACGGCAUAAGUGCGGGCAAAUUGGGUCUCGGCUCGGGUCACGAUGGCAGCUACUAUGGCGCCAUCUCCCUGGGUCACGGAGGCAUCUCUCCGGCCCUCAACUACCAGGGACUUCUCACGCAAGGUGGUGGGCUGUCCCAUGGUGGUGUUCUCUCCCAUGGUGGUGGUCUCUCCCAUGGCGGUCUGUCGCUAGGUGGCUUGGCUCACGGCGGUCUGUCGUACGCACCCAUCACAUCCGCCCAUUUGGACUCCUCGCUGAGCGGCUAUGACCAUGGUGUGGGUGGAAUCGGGCCCUUGGGCGCCGGUUUCUAUCGCUAUGCACCGAGUGUGCCCGCGUUGAGUGCUCAUGCCCCACUGCCAGCCACCGCCUACCUGAAGUCGGCGCCCGUGGCCCAGCCAGCCCUGCUCAAGGUGGUGCCGGAGAAGCAUCUGGAACAUUUUGAUGCACAUCCUCGGUAUGCCUUUGAGUAUGCCGUAAAUGAUCCGCAUACGGGCGACAAUAAGCAUCAGCGCGAGGAGCGGGAUGGGGAUGUAGUCAAGGGCGAAUACUCACUGGUGGAGCCCGAUGGCAAUGUGCGCACAGUCAAGUACUAUGCCGACUGGGAGACGGGCUUCCAUGCCGAGGUCAUCAACAGUCGCGAUCAGGGCAAAAUUGUGGCCAAGCGUCAGACGGCAGAAAAGUCGUGAGGUUAGCCCAAGCUCUACCACACAGUCACAAUAUUGUUUUGGUUCGUUCAGCAACUGUAAAUAGCCUCAAAAUCAAUCUUCUUCUCAUUAAACAUUAAACGUAUUUAUGUAAAACUCGACAACGAUAACGAUAACGAUACACCCCACAAAACACAGCCACGAUGUCACACACGGCCCGCCAUUUAUUGCCAUUCUUCUCUCUCUAUAAUCUAUAUAUGUGUACCUAUAUCCUAUAUCCAUUGAUACCUAUUACCUGAUACCUGAUACCUGAUCCUGAUCCCUGUGCUCAUGUGAUAGGCGUUUCGUAUUUUAUUGAACUGCUUGCGCUGCUCUCUCAACCCCUUGAUGCGCGUUUCUUAUGCCUAACUAUUUGUACAUGCCUAAACGGAUUGCUUGUAUAUUGAUUGAUAUACUCGUAUAUAUGUAUGUAUAUGUAUGUAUGUAUAUUGUAAAAUGUUGACUUCAAAUAAACAAGAUUUAAGAACGCCCACAGUCGAGAGUGAGUGCUCCGACAAUGAGAUAUAAA